AUGCUUCGCAGGACUGCAACAACGAUCAAGCUCACGCCUGAAGAUAUACUAGAAUAUGACGAUAACUUAGCAAAAGCUGCUCAGGAGUACCCUUAUAAUCAAGGAAUUUCGAACAAUGAUGAACAAGAUCAUUCUAUUUUAAAAUUUAAAGACUUACCAGAAGAAUCUUUAACAAGGGAUGAGCGAAUAGGAAUUAUGAGGCAGGGAAGACAAGUUAGUCAAGGUCCAAGCCAAAAUCAAAGCCUCCAGCAACAACAGCCACAACAGCACCAACAAUAA